AUGCCAAGAGGAAUUCCAAUUUCAAAAGACUUGAAGCAAAGAGUUGUGAAUGCAUUCAUGGAAGCUGGAUGUCAAUUCAAGAAAUCUUGGCAGGGCCGGUGGUUCCAAAGCGGAGUACCAACACUACUUCUUAUCAACAACACCCAUAUAGAGACAAAAGGUGAAUGCUAUGAAGAGAGUGGGGACAAAUACGUCGUCUAUGAUAAAACUGACGAUUGCUACAAAUGCUUAGUGAUGCACGAGAAGCAUCCUAGCGUUCUUCAAUACAAAGAAACAUAUUGCGAACCCAAGGAUUCUCUUGCCGAAAUAUGCUCUCGUAUCGUUGGAGAUGCUGCACUAUACAGCAUGUUCAGAAAGCAUCCGGAAGUGAAGCCCAUACCUUGUCCAUUCAAAAGCUCGCCGUACAUUCUAGAGUAUAAUAGAGGAACUGGUGAAUGUAAUAACCCACCAAGCCGUGCUGAAAGCUGUACGGAUGAAUCCAGGUUGGUGUUGAAAUAUCAAGCUUGUCCGGAUGUCGUCAGCACAGAGAGCAACGUGGAGGAACUUAUAUGUCUUGCUGCCUGGAAAGAGGGAUCGACAAAAUAUCUAAUUGGAAAGUUGGCUCAAGGCAACAGACGUAGCCUGACCACCGACGAGGACCAGUAUCGAUGUUUUAUAUACCAAAGAAGAAUAGAAAAUGGAAAAAUUGUCUAUUACAUCGCUCAAUCUGGAGACGCUACUUGUUCGGGAGUGCAAUCCGCUCUCGAAGGAAGCAGGACAAUGAAAUUGACCAUUAUCGAUGACCAACACAAACGCUGCAAAUUUCCCAUAUGGAUCACCGAACAUCACACCUGGUUUAGUUUAGAUCAUCAUAAGACUUUCAAAUUCUCCCAAAGGAAUGCCACCCUUAAGAUUAUGGACGACGAGGCUUCAAAACCGAUCAAGCUCCAUCAGAACUAUGCUCCACCACAAUUCGCUUUCCAAGAUUUAGGAUUUGAAUCGCAAGAUCUAAAAAAACAGAAUUCUGAAAUGAGAUUGGUUUGCCAUGGAAUCUUACAACAACAGGAAAAUAGAAAAGUUCAAAUAGUUGCUCAUGUUACAGCAGGAUGCGACAGUGGUUAUGUAUGUAUGGUCUUUUACAAGAGAGAUUCACAUGUUAUAGAAAUACAACAAUCAGAAAACUAUGUCGAAAAUCCCGAUGAUGCAUGUGCCAAUUUUGAUACAUCUACAACAUCAUACACAACCUUAGUCACGACAACUUUUCCAUCUAAGAAAUGUCCGCAUUUAGGUCGGUACUCUAUUUCACAAGCAAAUACGUACCAAGAAAAACGGAAACGAAGAGAACAACCAAUGGAUAUAAAACUAAACAACCCUGAACCAGAAUGCAUAUCAAACGAAUACGAGUCUUUAUUAGUAGGAUGUAACGAAUAUUACCAAAUGGAAUUUAAAUCAACCUGUCCGGGGCAACCUCUACACUCUUACGCAUGCUAUGGCAGCUGGGAAGAAGAUGGCAUAUCUUACCUAAUUACAUCACCAGGAAACAAUCCAUCCAGAAAACAACCGGAAACAUCCAAAUAUUGCUUCAUAUUCCAGUUGUCAAAUCAACUACAAUCUGCUGUCAUAGAAGGUGGUCUAGGCAAAGCCGCCGGACCGCCAGUGUUAAGAAUGUCCAAGGUCACUGAAAGUUGCGACAGGAUGAUCAAACCUGGUAUAGAUGGAGGAUGGGCUUUCAACUUUACUAUCAAUGGCACAUGCGAUCAAUCCAGUUCAAGCACUGCCAACAUGAUCCUGAUCCCAGCUGUUUCUUUGGUAAUCAUGUCGAUUGCUCUCUUGUUAUGUCUAAGAUGAUGAAAGACGUCGACACUGCACACCCUGAGCAACUACUAAACGCCCAAGAGUUAAGGACUAUUGUUUUCUUUAUUUAUUAUCGAUAUCUUUAUAAUAGGAAUAUUCCUGAACACUACACCGUAAUCUUUUUAAUACUUAAUUACAUAUAUCCAACUAUAAGGCAACAAGGAAAAAAAAUAUAAAAAAGGAACACUGUUUGGCAAUAUUCCUAUGUUUAUUUUAGACAUAUAUUAGUCAAUUUUUUAACGUGGUUAAAAAGCAUUUUUAUCAUUAAAAAUACGGGAAUGAAAUUUUGAACUACAAGAAUAAUUGUGAUUCAAGUUGUUGGGCUUUACGGAUAAUAUAAUUAUUUAUUUUUAAGUAUAUUAUGUAUGUUAGGUUUAGGUGUAUUAUAAAAAAAAGAAGGUAAAAUAAGAAAUUAAACACUGGUAAUUUAAGUUUUCAUUAGGGCGUAUUAAAGGUAAUAUAUUUGCAUGUGACAAUUAUUGUUAUGUGCAUUUUUUGAUACACCCUAUAGCAAUGUACCAAAAGUUUAGCUUUGUAUAAAUACUUAGGUUCAAACACGAAUCAUAAGUUAUGUGGUCUAUCUUAAAUACAUUUCCAAAAAAACGGUAUCAUAUAAUAUAUAAAAAAAUUAAACUAGAAGAAUUUUAAAUAACUUUUCUCUUAGUUAAGGUGUGAUUUCCUAGCGAGUAGUGAGUGGAGGCUGCACCGUACAGCACUUGAGACGAGCGAUGAAAUCGCGAGUGAAUUAAUUUCGGGAGACGAUAAUGCAAUUUUAUAGCCGUUUUUUUUCCAU